AAAGGUCCGAACUAUCUAUUGGAAAGCUGUACAGGUUACAGGGGCGAAAUAGUUUUGGGCCGAAACGUGUGGCGAAUUGUGUGACUUUCUCAGUUUCUGUCGAUCCAGUUUAGGUGCUAAGGAUUUGUUUGAUAAUUGUUUCAGAUUGUCAUUUUCACUCUAAUUAUCAGCGAUGGAAGAUUCUGAUGAAUUUAAAUGGGCUGUAAAAGUUGUUAUAAAGCGACAAAUGAGAGAUCUGAUGGAACAGUUACGAGAGCGUGGCGAGGAGAUAGCAAUAUUGACUGUUAAUUUAGAUGACAACACAUGUUCACAUUUUGGGUCACCUAGUGGUGAAUGGUUUGUUUCUGAACAGAAGAACCUUGCCCAAAAUUUUCUCAAGUUCUGUACAGUGAAAAGUAAAAAAGGUACCCAAGAUGCUGGCAAUGUCAUAAGCACUGGAUCCAUUUUCAGUUCAAAAACUUCAACUGUCAAACAGCGGACAACACAGUCGGCAGGACAGAGCCAGAAUACAGAUUCUCACAUAAGUAAUGAUAUAUUUUCAAGUCCAAAGUCUUCACCUGUAAAACGAGGGACAAAAAAAUUUGAAGAUGCCCCUACAUUAACAGUGACUGUACCGAAACGGUUGGCUGGAGAUGUAACAGAGGAGGAGCUUGCUUCUCUAGUAGGAAGGAUUGUAGCCUCUCAGUUGGCUGUUCAGGAGAAAGGUGAUGGCUCUAGCAGUGGUACAAAGUUUGAUUUACUGGUUGAAGCUGCAAACAAUGCUAAAAAGAAUCGAGGAACAAGCUCUGUGGUAUCGACACCAUCAACAAGAUCUACAAGGAAAAGGAAAGUAUCACAGAGGUACAAGGAAGGUAUUACCAGCUUAAAGAAAGGAAUAAAGUCGGAGGAUGAUGAUACUGUUUGUGAAAUUGAAACUGAACAUAAUGAAAAUGUCAUAGUUAGCAUGUUAACAGACUUGAGUAAAACCAUCUUAAAAAGGGUCAAGGUGAAAACAUCAGAGGAAGUACCUGUCAAUAUUGAAAAGUCUGUUCUAGCUAGCUCGGAUCAACUGGAGAGUCUGGCUGUAUUACUGAUACAAGAAAUUGAUGAGAUGGCAGGAGGUCUCCUGAGGAAAGAAAAGCUUGUAGAGGUGACAGUGAUUCUAGAUGAGGCUAAUACAGAUAGUAAAGUAACAAUUGAAGUGGAGGGCAUUGGCAUAGAAAGGGUGAAAAAUGAAGCUAUGGAUGACUCAGACAUGGAGUAUCUUGAUGAAAAUGUAGAUGAAGAAGAAGAGGAUGAUAACUACAUGGAUCCGUCUGAUCCAACAUUUGAACCAGAAGCUUUUUCCAGUGUGAAAAGACCCAAGAUUACAAGUAGCAUUAAAACAGGAGAUAUGAAUUCUUCUAAAUUAAACACACCUCAGAGUCUAAAGAGAAAACCAAAGAAAAAAAGGCCUUUGACAGAGACUAUGCCAAUACCUUGUGAAUAUUGUGGUUUGGUUUUAACUGGAAAGAGUAGUCUGAAAGCACAUGUUAAUCGAGUGCAUUUGAAGCUGAGAGGAAAGGUGUGCACAAUUUGUGGGAAAGGCUUCUGUACAGCAACGGCAAGAGAGAGCCAUAUGCUUUCUGUGCAUGCAAGAAGAUGUGAAACAUGCCAGGAAUAUGUUGUUGAGACGGUGCCCUGGAGUACGGGGAUGGAUAUGAGGACAAAAAGAGAUGUAAUCUGCUCAUGUGGUUCUAUUGUGAGCAUUCACAGCAACUUGGGACGAAAGCGACAAUAUCUUCGAGAGGAUGAGCCCGAUGAAGAUGGUAAUCUUCCAGAACCUGAAAUCAAAAAAGUGUCUAACACAGCAGGGAUGAAAUAUGCAUGUGGUGCAUGUGGAAAAUUAUUCAGGAAAAGAGCAAACUGUAGAUUUCAUUCUCGUAUUCAUACUAACUACAAAGGAAUUAAAUGUGAAAUUUGUGGUAACUAUUUUUCUCAUCAAUCAUCCUUAAAAUACCAUAUGCAGACUCAUGGUAUCUAUAAACAUAAGUGUGAAAUCUGUGGAGAGAGCUUUAGUAAAAAAACUGAUCUUUACGAUCAUAAUAGCAAGUAUCAUCCUCAAGAGAACAUUACUGUUGGUAAAAAAGUUGUAACAGUUGUUAAGAAGAAAGGAAACGAUACAGCUGACCUGGAACGACAGAUGAAAAAGAGAAUUGAAAGAGAGCAGGAAGAUGUAGAGGAAAGUGAUGAUCAGCAAAAUGAACAAAGUACUCAAUUAUCUGAGGGAACAAGUCUUGGUGUGAGUGAAAGUGGUCGCGUGGUUGUCACUCAGGGAGAAGAUGGCCAAGUGACAUUGACAACCGAGUCUGGUCAACCAGUAGGAGAUUCAGAAGCAGCUAGGAUAAUUCGGCAAGUAAUUGCUGAUGGACAAAUUGUUGCCCAAGAGGGUAACAUGUCGAUAAUUAUUAAAACAAUAAACAAUUGAACAACUAGAAUUGUCUGAAUUU